AUGGAUGUGGAUGAUAGUGCCAACGUUGAUAAUGAACAACUUGAGGGUGAGAGAACUCGUACUCGUGAUAACAAUCUGAUGGAGUUGUUUGAUGAUGAAAAUAAUGCCAUUGUUUUGUUCCUUGUAAGGUCUGAGUUUUAUGUUUGGAUAUUAGAAUCCAGUAAUUGUGAAUCGGUAGAUAUUUUGUUACGGGGGAGUUUAGGUGAUGGUGAUGAAGAAAUGUAUUUUAAACUGGGACAAAGUGGUGUUUCGGUUUUUGGCAUAAUGAGUGAGUUUGUGCCUGAUAGUGUUUUUAACUAUGCUUUGAUUUGGAAAAGGCUAAUUCGAAGUAGAUAUGUUCUCCCUGCCAGAAGAGGUGAAAAAAAGAGCGAUUUUCCCAUUCCUACUGCAGGUUAUUCCACACCCAUUGAAGGAGGUGGUGGAAAAGAUUCAAUGCCUGAGAGCAUGCAUUUCCCUGGUCACACUGUUCUACCCAAUUCAGUUGAUCAGAUCCGCACAAAGCUAUGGCCUCGUGGAAAUCAUCAAUUCCGAGAGAUAACUCAUACAUAUAACUCUAAUAUGAUGAGUCUUGCUCAGAGGAUCAUACAACUCAUCAUGCUGAGUUUGGGGUUGGCUGUGUCGAAGUACUAUAAAUCAGAUCUUUUUACAAAUAUAGGCAUUCUUACAAUUUUAUACCAAGAUGAUGUUGGGGGUCUUCAAAUCCGAACAAAAGAAGGGUGUUGGAUUGAUGUUAAACCUUCGAAGAGAUCAUUUGUUGUUAACCUUGGUGAUUGCUUACAGAUGUGGAGUAAUUGUAGAUACCGUAGUGCUGAACAUCGUGUGGUGUAUGGAGGAUUGAAACAAAAGAAGAAUCGACUGUCCAUAGCCUUCUUUUUUACCUUUGAAGACAAGGUAGAAAUUAAGGCUCCUGAAGAACUUAUACAUGAAGAACAUCCAAAAAUGUAUAAUGCUGCAAAGUUUGGUGAUAUCAUUGCACAAUAUAUCCAAUUAGGCCCAACAUUGGGUGCAUCUAAUUACUUCUUAAUAUAA